AUGAUGUGUCGAGAUGAAGCCGGUGAGGAUAAAUGGAAGUGGUAUGAUGUUGACGAUGUACUCCCUGGCCAACAAGUGUCAAUAGCGAACAUGCCUGGCUUUACUAAGUUUGCCUUUGAUAAUUACGGGGCGUGGGUCUAUGGUCCCCGAUUCACUUGGAAGGUCAUCGAGAGGGAGGAGCCGAUCCUCUGCGGGCCAGGCACGGCGGCCGCUGUCGCGUGGGACAAGGACCUGAUGAUAUUCUGUCAUCAGCUCUUCACAGCUGAGGCUAAAGCCAAGAAGUCUCCGAGGGAGUUCAGAGAGUCUGGUAUUGUCGCUGGAGAAACGUUGGGCGAAUAUGCUACGCAUCUGUCGACCAUCAUGGUUCACGAACUUACUCAUUGGUUUGGUGGCAUCACUACAAAUGGUGAUCCCGUAAUAGAUGACCAAACGGCUUUGGAUGAUAAAGGUAGGCCACUCUAUGAGAUCGGAGAAGAGGUACGUGGUCGACGCCCGGAGCCGUCACGAAAGGAGGCCAAGGCACUGGGCUGGAAGCGUGUCAAGGCAUGUAAGUUGUUCGAAGCAUGA